AUGUCAUGCUCAAAAUUAUUUUUAGGAGAUUUACCUGAAUUAAUAUAUGAUAUUUUAACUUUUCUUCGGAAUGAUAUAAUAACUUUACAUUCAUGCAUUUUAGUUAAUAAAUUAUGGUGUCGUUUGGCGAUUCCUUUAUUAUGGGAAGAUCCAUUUUCAACUCCUUUUCUAGAUUACAUAUUUAUUGAUAUUUACUUUAAUAAUUUAGACGAUGAUUUAAGAACAAAAUUAGAUAAAUAUAAUAGAUAUAAAAAAAAAGUUAAUUUAUUACCUUCGAAUCCACUUUUCAAUUAUCCUAGUUUUAUAAAAUAUUUAAAAACAAGCCAGUUUAUUUAUAUUACUGAAUAUUGGUUUCGGAAUCGUAACCCUAAAAUUUUGCAUUCAAGACUUAAAGGUAUAAAAUUAAUUCAAAUGUUAUUAAUUGAAACAUUUAUUAGAAAUGUAAAGAACUUACAUACUCUUGAAAUUGUGGUUUUCUCUAAUCCUUAUUUAAAUAAUAUUCUUGAAAUAAUUUUACAUAAUAUAGAUUUUUUUCACAAUAUUAAAAAUUUAAAACUUUCUUUUCUCGCUUGGAAAGAUGGUACUGUAAUUAUUGAAACUCUAUGUAAGAAUCGCAUAUUACAAGCAAUUAAUACACAUCGAAAUCUGAAAAAAAUUAUAUUCAAUCAAGAGUGUUCUUCUUAUUUUAAGUUAUUAUUUUUAUCUAAUUAUUCAAAUACUUUAAAUAUAAUCGUAUUAUUAAACGUCAAUUUUGAUAGUAUCAAUUUAAGUAAAUUAAUUGAACAAGCAAAUGUUUUAGAAUCUAUUCAUAUGAUUAAUUGUUCUAUAAACACUAGUUUGGAUAAACAAAUUGCUAAUUUAUCCAAACCAUUUAAAUUAAAAUCUUUAUAUAUGGAAGAUAUAUUAAAUAUUAAUUCGUUACAAUUAUUAUUUCAAAAAUCUGGCGAUUAUUUAGAAAAUUUUGGGUAUAAUUUUUCUUAUUUUUGCUAUGAUGAUUUGUCAUUAAAACAACAAUUACUUGAAUUAGUUGCAAAAUAUUGUAAAAAUAUCAAAUUACUUGAUUUAUUAGAAUUUCAAAAUGGGGUUACUUAUCCAAUAUUCAAUUUAAUUGAAAAUAUUAAACAAAAUCUUAAAUAUCUAAAUAUCGGAUUACCAGCUAAAGUUAAUGAUAUUAGAUUUGAUGGGUGUAGUUCAAUCAUAUUACAAAAUUUAGGAAAAUCUUUAUCUUCUAAAUUAGAGCAUUUAGAUUUGUGUCUUAACAUUAAAGUAAGGGAUUUUGAAGAAUUCUUAAAAAGUAUUCAAAAUACUUUUAUUAAAAAAUUAUCGAUCUAUAGUAGGGGAGGUGAUAACAUUUUAGUAUUAUUACCAUAUUUGAGACAUUAUAUUAUGAAAAAGAAAUGUGUUAAGUAUUUGGCUGUUAUUAGUGGAGAAUCAUCAUAUAAUAGAAUGGAUUUGUUGUAUUUGAAAGAUGAAGUGGAGGAAUUUGAAUUGUAUAAUAUUGAAGUGCAAAAUUAUUGUAGCAACAAGAUGGUUGAAGCAAGGGGUAAUUUUGUAUUGAAAAUUGAUUGA